AUGGAAAAAGGAAAGCAGGUUGUUUUAGACUUAAAUAGUGAUAUAGCAGAUGACAUAUUGCAUGAUUAUGAAAAUGAUGAAUAUUUGGACUUCCAUCAGAAAAGCAAGGAUGAGUUAGCAUCCAAUGAAGUCAUUGCAAACAAGGAUGAGUUAACAUCAAUUGAAGACGUUGCAAUCUUGAAUACUAGCAUGUCUUCUCCAUCUUCCCCUAUCAAGUUGUUUGAGUUUGGGGCAGCAGCGGUGGGAGUAAAGGAGGUGUUGCCUACUGGAGAAGGGACACUUCCUUGCUCUGAUUGUUCUAAGCUUUGUACUUUUGACUCCCCUGAUAUUGGAUUAACUUUAAUUACAAAAUUUCUAUCUGGCCUUUUCUUCCUGGAUGAUAUUUUGUCAGAUCAUGCUUAA